AUGGCACUUGGCUUUGUGAUACCCUUUGGUGCUCAACCAGAGCAGUGCUACGAUGAGAUCACCCCAAACGAUAUGUACUCAAGUCUGACGUGUGCUUUCUCCGGUGCUUUCCUCAUCUCGGGAGGUAUGUCGAUGGCAGUUUGGAUCUUCAUUCGCGCUCUCUCAAUGCAUCUUCAAAUCUGCUGGGACGUCACGCCAGGACAGAAGUUCUUCUACUGGGCGCAAGGUCUGGGUUGGUCAGUUGCGGCCACGUUCUUCACCAUCACUAUCACGAUCACUGGAGUCUCGUUCAGAUUCGGCGACGUCUGCCACGUCAAUGCCGAGCACUCAAUGAAGGACUUUUGGGGUCCCUUGUUGGCCAUUGCAGGUGCAGCUAUGGUUAUUCAGGUCGCAACCUUCGUAUACUGUAUCAAGGUGUAUCUUCAGAACAUGUUCAGCGACGACAAGACCGAAACACAAAGUAGCGCUGGCCUCCCCUCUUACACGACCAGCAUACGGAACCGAUCUGCACGAGCUGUUUACCGGCGUGUUCGCAAAGUCCUAUACCUGCAGUGGCGCGGCAUAACCAUCGUGGUCUUCAUCCUCGUGGACGUCAUCUUCUUCUCUAUCGUUUUUAUCUGGCUGAACUCCGUAACAUCGCACGCCACUGAGGACCUCGACAAAUUCCUUCCGUAUGUCUUUUGUCUGGUAACACACGCCGACGACGGUCCAGAGCCAUGUUAUGCACUCGGCCAAUCUCUCGCUGUCGACCAAUCUACAGUGACAGCAAUCUUGAUGAUGCUGUCCAUUGCCGGUCUUCAAGUGUUCUUCCUGCUUAGCCGAUGGAGCAUGGUGGUCGGCUGGCGAGAUUUGAUCAGAAGCAAGUUCAGUAAGAACCGCGAAUUCGUAUCCUUGGACGCCAGGAAUCCCCAGGAAGAUGUACGCCAUUUCGAAAUGAAGAACUUCGAGCCGAAAUCGACAGCAGAUGCAUACUAUGGUACUCCUGGACUUGCUAGCUACGCUAUGGGGAACGAGCGAUCGGACACCCCGGAUCAUUUCCACAAAGAAACUCAGCGCGACUACAAGAGCCCGACACUGAGCUUUUCGACUCCAAGACCCCAAUCACGGGCGGCUACCCAUGUCGACUGGGAUCCUAGAUCAUCCAUGGCAAGAGGAGGACUCGGACUGCAUCCUCCAGACUACGAAUCUAAGAUCUGA